AUGGCUCGACCACGACCGCGGGAAUACAGGGCAGGGGAUCUGGUCUUCGCCAAAAUGAAAGGGUACCCCCAUUGGCCGGCCAGGAUUGAUGAACUUCCAGAGGGAGCAGUGAAGCCUCCUGCCAACAAAUAUCCCAUCUUCUUCUUCGGGACACAUGAGACAGCCUUCCUGGGCCCAAAGGACCUACUCCCUUACAAAGACUACAAAGACAAGUUUGGAAAGUCCAACAAGAGGAAAGGCUUCAAUGAAGGCCUGUGGGAGAUCGAAAACAACCCUGGAGUCAAGUUCACAGGAUAUCAGAUGAUGACAGGUUCAGAGGAGGCAGAAAACACAGCAGACGGCAGCAGUGAGGGGGAGGAGGGAGACUCUGUGGAAGAGGAAGAAGACACAGACAACAUCCAGACCGAAAAGAGCGGCUCCAAGCGAAAACACAGUGUUUCUGCUAAGAAGUCGAAGCAGUCAGGGCCCUCGGAGGAGGAGAAGGACGGGAAAGAGGAGGACCAGAGGAGCGGCUCCGAGGGAGAGCAGGACAAUGACCUCCAGAACUCUGACUAUAAGGUAUGUCCUCUGUCAUCUGUGUCUUCUGUCCUCUCUCUCCUCUGUGUCCUAUCUAUCCUCUGUUCCCUCUCCCCUCUCCCCUCUUCCCUCUCUCUCCUCUGUGUCCUAUCUAUCCUCUGUUCCCUCUCCCCUCUCCCCUCUUCCCUCUCUCUCCUCUUUGUCAUCAGUCCUCUCUGUCAUCUCUCCUCUGUCAACUAUCCUCUCUGUCCUCUAUGUCUUCCCUCUCUUCUCUGUCCUCUCCCAUCUCUGUGUCAACUUCUAUCUACUCUCUGUCCUCUCUGUUUUCUGGGUCCUCUCUUUCCCAUCUCUCCUUCCUCUUCUAUCACCGCUCUCUCCUCUCUCUGUUCUCUCUGUCGCACUCAUGCCACCUAUGUCUCCAGAACAAGAUGCUCCUGGAGGAACAUUAAGCCCAGGAUGAAGACGCAAACUUUGUGUAGCUCCAAGCACCGGUCUCACGGACAGUUCAACCACACAACCACCAACCAUACAACCGCACAAGCACCAACCGUACAACCGCACAACCAUACAGCCAUCAACCACAUAAGCACCAAACACACAACCACACAACCACCAACCAUACAAUCAUCCUCUGAGGUCCAACCACACAACCCCCAACCACGCAACCACCAUCUGAGGUUCAAUCACACAACCACCAUCUGA